GGUCGGGCUCGGGCUCUGAAUUUAAUACUAAAAUCGGUUUCGCUUCUCGAUAAAACUCCACAAGACUCUUUCCUGUCUAGAUCUCUAGAUACGAUACAUCCAACAAUGGCAGAUCAGACGCAGAAACCUGAACUCUAUGAACUCAAUAAUGGCACCAUGCAGGUCAAGAUCACCAACUUCGGUGCGACCAUUACCUCCCUUUCAGUACCUGACAAGAAUGGGAAAUUGGCUGAUGUUGUUCUUGGAUUCGAUUCCGUCGAGCCAUACACGAAAGGUGCUGCACCAUAUUUUGGCUGCAUCGUGGGUCGAGUUGCAAACAGAAUCAAAGAGGGAAAGUUCACUCUCAAUGGUGUUGAGUAUAGUUUGCCCCUCAACAGACCCCCACACAGUCUCCAUGGUGGUCAAAAGGGUUUUGAUAAGGUGAUAUGGGAGGUUGUGAACUACAAGAAAGAUAAAAACCCUUCCAUUACAUUCAAAUACUACAGUCAUGAUGGGGAAGAAGGUUACCCAGGGGCUGUUACUGUAACGGCAACUUACACACUCACUUCAAGCACCACAAUGAGACUUGACAUGGAAGCAGUGCCUGAGAACAAGCCGACUCCAAUCAGCUUAGCUCAGCACACGUACUGGAACUUGGCUGGCCAUAACUCGGGGAACAUACUUGACCAUUCAAUACAGAUAUGGGGAUCAAAAAUUACUCCUGUUGAUCAGACUACACUCCCUACCGGCGAGAUCAUGCCAGUUAAGGGUACUCCAUACGAUUUCACAGCCGAGAAGAGGAUUGGUGCAUCAAUUCAUGAGGUAGGAAUGGGGUAUGAUAACAACUAUGUGCUGGAUUGUGGGGAAGAGAAAUCAGGGCUGAAGCAUGCUGCAAGAGCUAAAGACCCAUCAAGCUCAAGAGUUCUUAACCUGUGGACAGAUGCCCCAGGGAUGCAGUUUUACACUGCUAACUAUGUUGAUGGAAUUGUUGGAAAAGGAGGUGCUGUUUACGGAAAACAUGCAGGACUAUGCUUGGAGUCACAAGGAUUCCCUAAUGCUGUCAAUGAACCAAACUUUCCAUCAAUCAUUGUUCAACCUGGUGAGAAGUACAAACACACUAUGUUGUUUGAGUUUUCAGCGGAGUAAGCGAUAGGAGAAUUAUUUAUACAAGAAUAAAGGUAGCCUUUGGUUUGCCUCACUGCCAGUGAGUGCCUGGACAAUGGGCAAUGAUCUAAUAAUUUAUACAGGAAUCAGUUUUGGUUUAAGUAUUUAUCAUUUUAGGGGUAGGAUUUGAUUUCAGAUGAGACGCUCCGGGCAUUUAAUAUUUGGCGAAUGCUAUUUUGACAUUAAAUGCAUUUUUGCAGAUAUCUUCAGCCCCACAUAAAUAACUUUUUUUUUUUUUUUUUCAUGAGGGGCCCUCUGUAUUAAACUGUGGAAAUUGUCUAUGAGAUUGAAGAUGGUAAAUGGUCAAAUUAGUUAAAA